AUGAUGAUUAUUCGUGAUGCUGAUUCGGAUCACGAUGAUGAUGAUGAUGAUGAUGAUGAUGAUGAUGAUGAUUCGAUCAUGAUGAUGAUGAUGAUGAUGAUGAUGAUGAUGAUGAUGAUGAUGAUGAUGAUGAUGAUGAUGAUGAUGAUGAUGAUGAUGAUGAUGAUGAUGAUGAUGAUGAUGAUGAUGAUGGUGCGAUGA